AGGGGUCCGGGCAGGGGGCCGUGGCCAAGGGAGCCUCGGGGUCCAGCCCAGUCCAGCCCGGAGACGGCCACAGCAGAGAGACAGACAGCAGAGACGGCAGAGAGACAGCAGAGAGGGGAGACGGCCGGGCCCCCCGGGGGGCGUCCCUUGGGCCCAAGUUUUCCCCUGGGCCGGGGGUCACCCGAGGGGUCACCCCAGGGGGGACCCCCUGCCCUCCCCGACACCCGCCCCCCGACAUGCGCCCCCCGGAGCGAGCUGUCUGGAUGCUGGUGGCCGCCUCCCUCCUGCACGCAUCUCUGCAGGGCGAGUUCCAGAGGAAGCUCUACCGGCAGUUGCUGAAAAACUACAACCCCCUGGAGAGGCCAGUGGCCAACGACUCCCAGCCUCUCACCGUCUACUUCACCCUCAGCCUCAUGCAGAUCAUGGAUGUGGAUGAGAAGAAUCAAGUUUUAACCACCAAUAUUUGGCUGCAAAUGUCCUGGACAGAUUACUAUCUGCAGUGGAACGUGUCCGAAUACCCCGGGGUCAGAAGUGUCCGCUUUCCUGAUGGCCAGAUCUGGAAGCCGGAUAUCCUGCUCUACAACAGCGCCGACGAGAGAUUCGAUGCCACAUUCCAUACCAACGUCCUGGUGAAUUCCUCGGGACACUGCCAGUACCUGCCCCCCGGCAUUUUCAAGAGCUCCUGCUACAUCGACGUGCGCUGGUUCCCCUUUGACGUGCAGCAGUGCAAACUCAAGUUUGGCUCCUGGACGUACGGCGGCUGGUCGCUGGAUCUGCAGAUGCAGGAAGCGGACGUGUCCGGCUACAUCUCCAACGGCGAGUGGGAUCUCGUAGGGGUUCCCGGCAAGAGAAACGAGAGGUUUUACGACUGCUGCAAGGAGCCGUACCCGGACGUGACCUUCACGGUGACGAUGAGGCGCAGGACACUCUAUUACGGCCUCAAUCUCCUCAUCCCCUGCGUGCUCAUCUCCGCUCUGGCCCUGCUGGUCUUCCUGCUGCCGGCAGACUCCGGGGAGAAAAUCUCACUGGGGAUCACCGUCCUGCUGUCUCUCACCGUCUUCAUGCUCCUCGUGGCCGAGAUCAUGCCCGCGACAUCCGACUCGGUGCCGCUGAUCGCGCAGUACUUUGCCAGCACCAUGAUCAUCGUCGGCCUGUCCGUGGUCGUGACGGUCAUCGUCCUACAGUACCACCACCAUGACCCCGACGGGGGCCGCAUGCCCAAGUGGACCAGAAUCAUCCUCCUGAACUGGUGUGCCUGGUUCCUGCGCAUGAAGCGUCCGGGGGAGGAGAAGGUGCGGGGUCCGGCCUGCCAGCCCAAGGCUCGCCGCUGCAGCCUGAGCAGCGUGGAGAUGACCGCCCUGGCCGGCCAGCCGUCCCUCGCUCCCACCGCCGCCCCCGCCGCCAACGGGAACAUGCUCUACAUCGGCUUCCGCGGGCUAGAUGGGGUCCACUGCUCGCCCACGCCGGACUCGGGGGUCAUCUGCGGCCGGCUGGCCUGCUCGCCGGCCGAGGAGGAGCGCCUGCUGGGUGGCGGCGGGGGCCGCCGCUCGCCCGACGGGGGCCCGGACUUGGCCAAGAUCCUGGAGGAGGUGCGCUACUUGGCCAACCGCUUCCGGGAACAGGACGAGGAGGCGGCCGUCUGCAGCGAGUGGAAGUUCGCGGCCUCCGUGGUGGACCGCCUGUGCCUCAUGGCCUUCUCCGUCUUCACCAUCAUCUGCACCAUUGGCAUCCUUAUGUCGGCUCCCAACUUCGUGGAGGCCGUGUCCAAGGAUUUUGCUUGAUCCCCUGCGGCUCGGGGAGCUCAGGGGUGCGCUUCGGGAUGUUCCCAUGCCCUACCUCCACCUCACCCAAGGAGGAUGGGUUUGGGCCCAGGGCCCUCUGGGUACAUGGCAGAGGCGGGGACGGGGAAUGGGAGACCCCCUUCUUCCUGCCAAGCGGCCCAUCGUGGUGGUCUCCAUCCCCUUUUCGCAGCACCUGGACACGGUCCGGACUUUCUGCACACCCUUCCUCAUGCUGCAGCCCCUGUUGGGUAGAGAACCCGAGCUCCUCCAGUGCUGCCCAAUGUCUGGGUACGAUCAACCACACCGGCUCCUUCUCCCCAGGGGCCGGACGCCCUCCCCGCGCCCCUACUCACCCUGUAACAUCAACCCUGCCGCGUCCGGUCCGGGCCGGUCACAGGGCAGAGCAUGACGGGGCCUUCCGCCCGUGCCCAAGCUGCCACACGCAUGGUGUUCCGCAUCCCCUGGGCAAGGGGGAAGGACCGAUCCCACUUCUCGCCCACUGCUGAAGUGCAGGAUAGGGGGUGGUGAUCAGAGAACUAAGGUCCAGCCCCCGGGCGCCCCUCACGCUUCCCACUCCCCGGGGCCACACUGGACACUGGGCCUGGCGUCACGACCGUCUCCCGGGCCGAAGCCACUGCCAGUCAUAGUGACUUGGCCAACAGUCUGCCCCUAGCCCGCCCUGCCUUCAUUUCCCAGUCAGAGGCAGGAGAUGCUCCCGGUGGCAGUCCCUCUCUGUCUUUGGCGGGUCGUAGCUACAGCCAGGGUCUCCACCGUCACCGGGCUGGCUGGGACCAUCUAUUAUUAGUCCUGGCUACCCCUACUGGCUUGGGUCCUGCCCCGGGAGCCACGGCUACUCACGGACACACCCCCACUGGCAUUCUCUCCUCCAGCCCUCCAAGCUGCCCCCUUCCUCCAAUUGUGGCCAAUUGCCUUGUGGGCUGAAAAGACACCAGGUGAGGGUUAGUCAGUUAAUCAGUUGUAUUUAUUGAGCACUUACUGUGUGCAGAGCACUGUACUAAGUGCUUGGGAGAGUACAAUAUAACAGUAAACAGACACAUUCCCUGUAAACAAUGAGUUUACAGUCUAGAGUCGAUCAGCUGGCCAGCCAUCGAGUUUCCCACAGCGGCCGGUCUGAGGAACUGUAUCUGUGGCCUGUGCCACAAGGAGGACAGAGGCCGUGACUCGAGUCCCUCGGCCACAAGCGACUGCUCUUACGCCCCUUGGGCCCCAGGCAUUGCCCAGGUGCCUACCCCAGGCGGUGUGUCCACAGGUGCAGAGAGGUGGGAUGGUCACCGCCAGCUCUCCCUCUCCCACCAGGCUCAGGAGAGAGAACCCAGGGCUCUGACCACUGUCCAGGAUAUAUAUUGAGUGCUGAACUAAGCGUUUAGUAAAAAAUAAUGAGCAAGAGAUCUGUUUCCUGCCCUCAAACAGCUUCCCCUCUACAUUAAAGCCUGGGUCAUUAAGAGGGCCUGGAGGUUGGCCACCAGAGCUAGACUCCCAAUUACUUUUGGCCACAUUAAGCACCCCGGGGCCUUCUAAGAGCUUUGCAGUGUCCCCUCCUCACUGAUCUUGUGGCUGGCACCAGCUGCCCUGCAUCAGCAUCUGGUGACAGGGCUGUGCCAGAGCUGGGGGGCCACUGGAUUGGCUCUUGGCACAUCUGAGGGGCAUCCCAGGGUCAUUAGCAGAUUCUACCCACAGCCUAGACAACUGACCAUCCUGGCAUUUCGCCCUAAAUCCUUCUCGCCCGGGACCUGGAGACCCAACCUGAGGGUGUUGGGCCACCACAGGAAGGAGGGCUUAUUGUGUCUGCUGGAUCACAAGUAGGGCUAAUUGUGUCUGCUGAGUCACCGGCCUCGCCCAGGGGGUGGUGGAGGCAGGGCAGUGGGUGGCAAGCAGGACCUAAGCAGACCAGUCCCGCCCCUGGUGCUUCCCAGCACCAAGUGUAUGACAGGGCAGCAGUUCCCGUGCAUCCCAGCUGGUCAGAGGAGAGUGGAUGAGUCCCUCCUCGGUGGUGUGGUUUUGUCCACUUCCUGGGGUGCCCCUGAGACCCUUUCUCCUUAGCAGCAAUAGGAAGAAAGACAACGGGUCCUCCUGUCCCCUCUGCAUUUACCGCAGACUGGCCGGUCAACCUCGAGGGAGGGGAGCCUGGGUGCCGGCUGACCCGCCCCCACCACGUCUUUGCACUCACUCCUUCCCAGCAACGAGCGGGGGUGCCAAGCGGUCUCGCCUGGAUUUUUCUGUGACUCGACUCAAAGGAAAAAUCCCCUUUUUAAUGUUUGUGAAAAAUACUUCACCAAGUCGUAAAGCCCCCAGAUGAGCCCUAACCGCAUUUUUAAAAAGGGGAGGAUGUGGCUCCUAAGAGCACUAAAGAAAAUGGUAAAUUAUUUUGGGUGGGACCCCCCACCUUCACGGAAGGGUUUUUUGUUUUUUUUAAUUUUUGAAACGUCCCACCUGUUGCUUUGGGGCCUGGCUCAUCUCUCUCUCCACCCUCUGACUUUCCACUUUGUACUAACAUGAGUCACCAAGUGUCUGAAGGCUUGUCUUUCUGGAGGCUGGCUUGUGUUUCUGCUCAUUCGGAUUGUGGUGGGGCUAGCGUAGACCUGCAUCCAUGGAACUGUUCUACACACGGGAGGUUGUGUAUCACCAAAGGUUUUUAUUGAGCACCUGCCAGUUGCAGAGCGUCGUACUGGAUGCCUGCUGUGUACAGAGCCUGUACCGGAUGCCUGCUGUGUUCAGAGCCUGUAUAAGCACGUGGGAGAGUACACCAGAUGCAAGACAUGCUCUCUCCGUCUUUUGAGGCCUUUCAAUUGAAUGUGCAGAAUUAAAUAUUUUAAAUCAACGGUGCCUGGGCUGUGUGUCCCUAGGCAUGGCAUAGUGGAUUGAGCACGGAUCUGGGAGUCAGAAGGUCAUGCGUUCUAAUCUCGACUCCACCACUUCUCU